CGCCGCGCGUUGCUUGGGCCGCGGAAGCGCGCAGCCGUCCAGCUUCCGGAAGUGGGUUGGAGCGGGCGGCGAGGGCAGAGCAUUGGCUUUCAUUCUUCAACAUCCCUAGAAGACACAGUUCUCUCCAGAGCCUGCUCCAUCCUGGAAUCCCCUCAUCUAAAAGGCCCUGUGAAGCCAGACAAUGCCUGUUGACUUGGGGCAGGCCCUGGGCCUGCUUCCUUUUCUGGCCAAGGCUGAGGAUGCCACAUUCUCUGGGUCAGAUGUUAUCCAGCAAAGAGAGCUUGCCAACCCUGAGACUGCUCGCCAGCUUUUCAGGCAGUUUCGUUACCAGGUGAUGUCUGGGCCCCAGGAGACGCUGAGACAACUCCGGAAGCUCUGUUUCCAGUGGCUGCGGCCAGAGGUUCACACCAAAGAGCAGAUCCUAGAGAUUCUCAUGCUGGAGCAGUUUCUGACCAUCCUCCCUGGGGAGAUUCAGAUGUGGGUGAGGAAACAGUGUCCCGGCAGCGGAGAAGAGGCAGUGACCCUUGUGGAAAGCUUGAAGGGAGAUCCCCAGAAACUGUGGCAGUGGAUCAGCAUCCAGGUUCUAGGACAAGAGAUCCCAUUUGAGAAGGAGAAUUCAGCCCGCUGCCAUGGGGACAAGGUGGAGCCUGCACUGGAGGCGGAGCCCACUGUGGAGGUGGUGCCUCAGGACCUGCCCCUUCAGAAUUCAUCCUUGGCACCUGGGGAGCUACUGAGCCAUGGUGUGAAAGAGGAAUCAGAUAUGGAGCCAGAAUUAGCUCUGGCUGCCUCCCAGCUUCCUGCCAGACCUGAGGAGAGGCCGACUAGAGACCAAGAGGUGGGAACAGCACUUCUCCCAUCACUACAGGAGGAGCAGUGGAGACACUUGGAUUCUACUCAGAAGGAGCAGUACUGGGAUCUCAUGCUGGAGACCUAUGGGAAAAUGGUCUCAGGAGUAGCAGGCAUUUCCAACUCCAAACCUGACCUGACCAACAUGGCAGAAUAUGGGGAAGAGCUGGUGGGGCUGCACCUUCACAGCGCUGAGAAGAUGGCAAGAGCCCCCUGCAAAGAAGACAGACAAGAAAAUGACAAAGAGAACCUAAACUUGGAAAAUCACAGGGACCAGGGAUGUCUGGAUGUUUUCGAUCAGGCACCAGGAGAGGCUCCACCACAGACUGCCUUGAGUGAUUUCUUCGGUGAGAGUGAGCCGCAUCAUUUUGGAGGAGAGAGUGUCCCAGAGGCUCUGGAAAACCUUCAGGGUGAGGGAACUGGGGCACAUCUCUUUCCUCAUGAAAGGGGCUCUGGGAAACAGCUAGGUCAGCACAUACAGAGCUCUUCUUCGGGAGAGCUGUCUGCCUUGUGGCUAGAGGAGAAGAGAGAGGCCUCUCAGAAGGGCCAGGCCAGAGCCCCCAUGGCCCAGAAACUGCCCACCUGCAGAGAGUGUGGGAAAACCUUCUAUAGGAAUUCACAGCUUGUUUUUCACCAAAGGACUCAUACCGGAGAGACAUACUUUCAUUGCCGCAUUUGCAAAAAAGCCUUUCUACGAAGCUCAGACUUUGUGAAACAUCAGAGAACUCACACAGGAGAGAAGCCCUGUAAAUGUGAUUACUGUGGGAAAGGCUUUAGUGACUUCUCAGGCUUGCGCCACCACGAGAAAAUCCACACGGGAGAGAAACCCUAUAAAUGCCCCAUCUGUGAGAAAAGCUUUAUUCAGAGGUCAAACUUCAAUAGACAUCAAAGGGUUCAUACAGGUGAGAAACCUUAUAAAUGUACACACUGCGGCAAGCGGUUCAGCUGGAGCUCCAGCCUUGACAAGCAUCAGAGAUCACACUUGGGGAAGAAGCCCUGCCCAUAGCCACACCCCCAGACACUGCGGUCCAUUGCAACCCUGCUCAGAUCCUCCUAGAGGAACUUCGACCAGAAAGACCUCCUCUUCUCUGUGUUGCAGGGAGAGGAGCCGGACACUUUGAUGUGGAGGAGAUGUUGUUCUCAGUUAAGUGUGCUUAGUUUUUCCUUUUGCACCAGGAAAAGGAAACAGUGUUUGUUUGUUUCAGCUGGCCUCCUAUUUUGGACCCCUUGGGAAAGGCAUGCCAUGGAGGUAAUGGCUUUAGUAGCUCUCUCGGAUGAGAGAGAACCUGACUGGCGUAGCCACAGUCGCAGCUGGCAACGGGAAACUCAGAUGAGCUUUAGAACUGGGCUUCUAGAGCAGGCUGUCACAAAAGGGGAGGCAGUGUGGCCUGCGAGUGCACGCCGUCUUUGUCAGACAGGUGCAGAGUUCAUGUUUAACUGUCCCUUAUUUGAAAUAAACUGAGCUCACUUGGUCUCUAUCUUCCUUGUA